GAACGUCAAUCGAAAUAAAGAUAUAUAAACUGCCUGCGUUUUGAGAUCUAGAUCAAGCGAAGUCUAUCUAGUAGUGAAUCCAGUGUCAUUUAGUGUUAUCGUUUUUGAAGCACCAAAUUUAUCGUCAAUAUGGAUGAACUUGACCAAAGCCAGAUUCAAAUGCUAAAGAAAGCUUUCGAUACCUUUGACCGUGAAAAGAAGGGUGUCAUUGGAACAGAGAUGAUUGGGACCAUUUUAGAAAUGUUGGGCCAAGAAAUCGAUGAUGAUACGUUAUCAGAAAUUAUUAAGGAAUAUGAUGAAAAUGAUACCGGGACGCUGGCGUUCAAAGAGUUUUGCUCGUUAGCUGCCAGGUUCAUGACAGAAGAAGUGGAUGCUGAAGCAAUGCUUGCAGAGCUAAGGGAGGCUUUCCGGUUAUAUGACAGAGAAGGAAACGGCUAUAUUACAACGGACGUACUGAAAGAAAUCUUCAAAGAAUUAGACAACACGCUAUCGGAAGAGGAUCUGGAAGCCAUGAUCACGGAAAUUGACGCUGACGGAUCGGGGACCGUUGACUUUGAUGAAUUCCUUGAAGUAAUGACUGGAGAGUAAGAAAGGGUUACACAUUUCUUAGUUGUAAACAAAAUACUAUUUAUUAAGAUUAAUUUCUCAUUUUGUAAAUAUACUUAUUUACAUAAGGGGUAAUUAUUUAAUUUUAAGGUUUAUUUUGUUAUAAUAAUAAGGAUGUAAUUAAUGUUCUGUUAAAAGAAUGUUCAUUUACAAAGAAAAGAUCUUCAACUGAGCUUCAAAUAAUAAAUAAUUGGAGCUACUAAGACUGUAUAUUUUAUUGUUUAAUAUUAUAAUAAAACAAAUUUAAACUA